AUGUGCUUGCUUGAUUAUACAGGUGAAGAUGUCGAAUUAUGUCCACCAUCGUCUUCAAAGAAAAGAAAGAAUAGCCAAAAGGAUGUUAAUGAUGAGCUGCAAAAACCAGUUAAAAGGAGGAAAUAUCGGCCCAAAGUGGUGUCUCAAGUUCCCAAAAGAACAAAAAAAUCCCAGCCUAAAAGCAACAACACUCCAAGACCUGCAACUCCGAAGCAAUUGAAAACUUAUGUCAGAAGAAAGACUCCUAAGCCCAAAGUGGUGUCUCAAGUUCCCAAAAGAACAAAGCAAUCCCAGGCUGAAAGCAACAACACUCCAAGACCUGCAACUCCGAAGCAAUUGAAAACUUAUGUCAGAAGAAAGACUCCCAAGUGUCAGCGACCAUUAUUUGUUGAUGGAGAUAACAAUUCUCUUCCAUUUUUGGAAAAUUUCAACCAUUCAAAGGUUGAACAGGAUGAAAUUGAGACUUCAUUGUCAUGUUUAACUCUAGUUAAGCGGAAAAAAGUUAGAAGCCAAAUAAUACAAUUGGUAAAACUCUUGACUCCUUCCGCAAAGGGGAAGAGGUCAACAAAUUUUAUCAGGAAGAGAAGAUGUUGGACAGAUUUGUGUGACGGAAUGUCUAGAACUAGUAGAAAAAUGGAAUCUCUUAUCAAGAGAAUUGUUUCUUUGAAGAAACAAAAACAUCUAAAGCCCAAUAAGCUAGUUGCUCGCAAAAAAUCGGGAGAAUUAGUUUUGUAUAAAAAAAAAAUUAGAGUUGACGUAAUACUUGAUGAAGAGACGUUAAGAGUAUCGAAUUUGCUUCUUGCUGAAAGAGGACACCAUGAACCUAAUCAAAGUGAUGAACAGAAGCAGUAUUGGAAGGUGACAAGGGAUUUCUAUCAGAAAAGGUUUAAUAUGUUCUUACAUCGAAUGUGUCUCAUCCAAGGUGACAGACGAUUCACACCGUGGAAAGGUUCUGUUUUGGAUUCUAUGGUUGGAGUUUUCUUAACUCAAAAUGUGUCUGACCAUUUGUCAAGCAAUGCAUUUAUGGCACUUGCUGUGAAGUUCCCUCUCAAAUCAGUUAGCUGUGGACAAAGCAACAAUCUAUUUCUUUCAGCUCCUAAAGUUGACAGCGAAACUGAAAAUAAUUCAUGUCCCAUGGAGAAAAACUUAAACUCUUCCGAAGUUAGCCGUGAACGAACCAACGUUGAAGAGAUUGAAGAUCAGGAAGCCAACGAAUGGAGAGAAACUCAUCCUAAUACAAAAAAAAGUAAGAAAGAAGAGAGAGAAGAGGAAAAUAGGAUCCUAUUGGAAAGGAAGAGACAACACUGGGCUGAACUAAGAAAAAAGAACAUUGAAAGUCAUCGACACCGUGAUCAUGGGGAUUCUAUUGAUUACGAAGCAGUAAGAACAGCAAAACCUGAUGACAUUGCUGCAGUUAUUAAUACUCGUGGGCAACAACACAUUAUUGGAGGCAAAAUACAGGCUGCAUUAAACAAGAUAAAGGACUCGGAUGGAAGGAUGGAUUUAGAAUGGCUAAGAAAGAUUGAACCAAAGGAAGUAAAGGAUUAUCUUUUGGACAUAUAUGGAUUGGGAUUGAAAAGUGUGGAAUGUAUAAGGCUUUUAGCUCUUAAACAUGUUGCUUUUCCGGUGGAUGUAAAUGUUGCAAGAAUUGUUGUACGUUUGGGAUGGGUUCCGCUGCAACCAUUACCAGAACAUAUUCAAAUACAUAAUUUAGAGAUUUUUCCAGAUUCAAACAAAAUUCAACAAUUUCUUUGGCCAAGACUAUGCAAGCUUGAUCACGAGACAUUGUAUGAAUUGCAUUAUCAGUUGAUAACUUUUGGAAAGGUUUUCUGCACAAAGAGAAAUCCGAAUUGCAAUUCUUGUCCAAUGAAGGACGUGUGUGAACAUUAUAAAAGUUCUCUUGCAAGGACAAAACUUGCUUUACCGCCCUCAGAUCAAACAAUUGUAUCCAAUGCAUACUCUGAUCUGCUAAGCAACUCUAAAUCAACAUUCAUUACUGAGGAGCGUGAGCCUAUAGUUGAGAUGCCUGCAUCACCAGAACCUGAAGACAUUGCUUUAGAUUUAGAGCUUGAUGAAGAGCUUAAUGAAGUUAAAGACAUUGAGGAUAUUAUGAUAGUCAACCUCAGCAAUCAAGAAUCACCAUGCUUGCCAAAUAUACUUGAUAAUUCUUUUGAAGAGUUUGAUUAUGGCAUGAAUACAUCAUCAGCUAUGGUAUUAAGUCAAGAUGCUGCAAACAUUCCUUUACUAAAAAUGAAAAAUGUUAGCCGCCUGAAAACUGAGCGCUUGGUUUAUGUCCUCCCAGAUAAUCACCCUCUCCUAGCAAAGUGCGCUCCACGAGAACCAGAUGAUCGUUCCCCUUAUCUACUGGUUGUAUGGUUAUCAGCUGAAUUAGAAAGCUCGGAUGAAACAAGCAAGACCGGCUUGCAAGAGGAAGAGAACAGUCAAAGUCAAACCGUUCCUGGAACACUGCUGAUACCAUGCCGAACUGCAAUGAGAGCGCGUUUUCCCUUGAAUGGAACAUACUUUCAAGUCAAUGAGGUUUUUGCUGACUAUGCUUCAAUGAUACAACCAAUCAAUGUUCCUCGAAAUUUGAUAUGGAAUCUAGAGAGACGGAUGACAUAUUUUGGUACCUCGUUUUCAUCAAUAACGAGAGGUUUGUCAAUGGAACAAAUUAAGAACUUGUGUUGGAAAGGGUUCAUUUGUGUGAGAGCCAUUGAUACAAUAACUGGAGCUCCAAGGCCUAUAAUAUCUAUAUUACACCGCAAUACAACAAGUAAAGUUGAAAAGACAAACAAUGAAUCAUAAGUAAUUCAUUUCGGUGUUUAAUGUUAUGAUUCUUCAGUUAUAUUGAUAUUUAAGCAUCAUGUUAUAUACAAUCACUACUAGAAAUAGUGACUGAUUUUGUAGGACCGAAAUAGUGACUAAUCUUGGUGACCGUAAUAGCGACCGAACUCAGAGACUGGCUUAGAGACUGAGUUUACGUCGCAACGAGCGACGCAUUACUCAACACUAAAGUGACUGGUU